AUGUUCUAUCUAUUGAGCAUCAUCUUGAUUAUGAACCUUGCUAAAAGUCAAAUUAUAGUUGACUUAAGUGAAAAUGAGUAUUGGACUACUUUUUUUAAUACAUCAAGUAUGAUUACUUUUAAAGUAACUUCUCUACAGAAAGAGUUUUGUUACGUUAAAAUUGAGUUAUCCUCUAAAGAUCCUACCUUUUAAUUGAUGGCAGAUUAUAAAAUUAGACCGAAUAUCAGUUUGAUUUCAUCGUAUAAAUAAGGAGAAAAGAUUGACAGAAUAAGUCAACUUGAAAAUAGAGAAACUAGAUUCUUAAAGUUGAAGGGAAAAAUUGGAACAAUAUAUAUAACAACUACAGCUGAUUAUAAAUAUAAUUAAUUUUAGAUUACUAUCACUGGUAAUAAUGAAGUUUAAUGUGACAAUGAAUGUAAUAAUAAUGGAAUUUGUAAAAGUGAUGGUUGUCAUUGCCAGAGUUCCUAGAUCGGUAAUGAUUGUCAUCAAUUAGCAACGGAAUUAUAAGGAGGUUUUCAAAGAGAUGUAGAUUUUCUGAUUGAUGAAACAAUUAAGUUCAUCUCAAUUGAUCUCUCUUAUUUUAUUGGAUAACAAUUGAAGCUGGAAUUCGAAGCUGAUUGUGACGACUGCUUAACUAUUAUCAUUUAUAAAACUAAAGCUCUUUUAGGGCCAGAAGAUUCCUUAAAUAGCAAUUAUACUUAAUUAUUUUACAUGACUGAUGGAUCUACUAUUAUUCAAACAUAGAUACCACAAACAUUGCCGACUUCAUAAUAAAUUCUAUAUCUUGCAGUCUCCAAAUAGUAUUCUAUUUAUGAAAGUCCUCAUCUAAAAGUUAAAUGUAACUAUUUUUCUGAACCUAUUGAUGAUUCAACUGAUUAUAGUAAUAAAUUACUAUAUAUUAUCAUCCCAACCGUUAUGGGGUCGAUACUGUGUUUUAUCAUUGUAGGAUGUCUAUUAAGAAGGAAAAGGACCUAUAUAAGUCAAACUGCCUAGGUUGCACAAGAUCCAUUUUCUAAUUAAAAUAGAAAUGCAAAUGCUCAAGAUCCAUUUUCUUAGUAGAUUAGAAUGGUAGCUUUUCAUAAUCCUAUACAACAAUAAUAUCCUUAAUAACAAUUUCCAGCUUCCUAAUUUCUUUGGCAAAAGGAAGAAAAUAAUAAUGAUGAAAAUGAUAAAUGUAUUAUCUGCUUGAUGUCACUUAAUAAUUAUAAUAAUCGGACAAUUAGAAUUAGAUGCGGGUAUAUACAAUUAUUAAAGUUAGUCAUAUAUUCCAUAGAAAUUGCAUCCAAGAAUGGUGUUAAAAAUAGAUAUAAUCAAAAAAGGAUCACUAAAGCGAUUGCCCCUACUGUAGAUAACCUAUGGAUCUAAAUGAAAUUUUUUGAUGCAUCCAUCUUCAAUAAUUUAUAAUCAUUUUAUAUUUUAUUAUUAUUAUUAAUUCCUUUAAGGAUAGCCUAGAAAUUAAUUCUACUUCAACUUUAAGUAAAAAUGAUCAUAUAUCUUUCUCUAUUAUCCUACUGUGUUUCCUAGAUAAUUGAAGUUAAGUUCAAUAGAUCAAAAUGGGAAGGUGAAUUUCAAAGUUCACCCAACAAUACUUAUAGAAUUACAUAAUCAGAAUAGUAAGAAGUAUUAUACACAAUUGAAGUACGUUUUGAUGAGAUGAAUCAAGAUUUUAUGUUGUUAGCUAACAAUCUUGAACCUAUUUCUAAUCCUUUUUCUCCAAAUCUCAAAGAUGGAGAAAAUAUUGAUUUGAUAAAUCUCUAUGAAAACAGACUAGAGAGAUUUCUCUCAAUCUCAUCAUCUGCUGGCGACAUAUAUAUUACUACUAUUAGUAACAUUGAGGGUAGAACUUACAGGAUUAUAAUAAAAAAUAAUCUAUCUUGGUAAAUUUUUGAUAAAGGUUGGUAUUUUGACAGAUGCUAAAACGGUUGCAAUAACUAAGGAUAUUGCGCAUAUAAGGAAUGCAAAUGUUCUAAAGAAUAUAUAGGAGUCGAUUGUAAAUACUUUGCUACACAAAUGCAGAAUAACUAUAUAUUCAAACCAAACUUUACCAGAGGGAAUGAUUUUGCUUUAAUGUCAUUUCCCAUGGAUGGCUUUUUGCUGGCUGAUAAAUUUAUUUUAAAAUUCCAAACAAGUGAUGACUAUGGUUACUAGAUAAUUGUCUACAAAACAAAUGCUAUUAUUAAUCCUUCGAAUAAACUCAUACAUAACACAGACUUAUGUGAUUUGUAUGAAGUUUCUAAAAACAAAGAAUUAGAAUUUAAUAUCCUAACAAUUUAUAGACCUCAGGGUUAUAAAUUAAAUUUUGGAAUUAAAUCUAUUAAUACAAAUUUUGACUCGCAAGAUUUAGAGAUCUUGUUAGUUGAUUCGUUUAAACUAGUGGUUAAAAAUAGAAGUAAAGAUGUUUUACUUUCAAUCAUGAUCUACUCUUGUGUCCCUUGUAUUUGCAUAUCAUUUUGUGAAUUUAUUCUUCUCUUAAUGCAGAGAAUACAAACACAAAUACAAACACAAACACAAACACAAACACAAACACAAACACAAACACAAACACAAACACAAACACAAACACAAACACAAACACAAACACAAAAUUCUUCUAUUAAUUCGUUUCUCCCUUAAUAAAUCAACUCAGAAGAAGAAUGUAGCAUUUGCUUAGAAUCCCUCAAUUCAGCUUAACUGAAAUAAACUAUAUGCAAUCAUUUAUUCCAUAUCUAAUGUAUAAAUUUAUGGUUGUAAAAGGGAAAUCAUAAAUGCCCUUUAUGUAGAUCGAAGCUUAAAUUUAAAAUAUAAAAUAUCACAAAUUGA